UGCUGCGAAGGCAAUUUAUAUUCCCAUAGUAUCUUUAUUUUGGGAAACCAUAAAAAACGCUCAUGACACGGAGAGGGACGACCUACCAGGCGUAAAGCUAAUAAAAUCAUCUGUGGCGAUAAUCCGCGCUUAAAUUGGCCUCAAUCGGGAACUGGGAAAAUCUUCACUGGAUUUUAUUCUUUCUCUCACACAGAUAGACACACACAUAGACGGCCAAUAUUUUUAUAUAUCUAUGUCGUGACCGGAGCGAUGCAAAUGUCACACGAUUCAUUGGCUACUGUCAGUCUCCGGUACGAAAACGUCAAUGUUUUGAUGGCGUUUGGGUGAAAUUGGCCCUGCUGCUGCCGUGGGAUUGAGAGAGGGAGACGAGGAUUCGUCCGGCUCGUUUCAGCACCUGGACAGCUCCGCUCGCAGGGAUCCCCGCUGCGCUCGCCGGGGAAACCCUCCUCUACUGAGGAGCGGGAUCUGGAUCCAGAUCUGGAGCAGUGAUCCUUACCAGGAGGAAAUAAUUUUUUUUAAACCAGAAGGACACUUAAAAGCUACCAUGAUCUUCCCUAGCGACGAUGAUUCUUGCGUUUGAGCUUCAGCCCCUCUCUGGUUUUGCACUGAAAUCCAAGCAGCGCAAGUGGGAGCAGCGGAAGCAGCAGCAGCAGCAGAAGCAGUGGUGGUGUUGGUGGUGGUGGUGCUCAUCCAAUGCAAAAGUGCUAAGGAUAGCUGCAGCCUACACACACUGCGAGCCUGCUGCUGCUUCACUCACUCUGAUCAUCACCGAGGGAGACAUCACUAUCAGCAAGGGGGCAGCGGGAGGCACGAUUACCCGUCCACAAUGUAAAUCUCUCACAGGUUCAUCAUGACAGCAUCAAUCAGGUGAAAAGGUGAACUGCAGCACACAAAAUAACCUGAACUGAGUGCAACCUUUGUGACAACCACCACCACCUUUCUCCUCUUGGGAUCUUCGAAAAUCAUGGCAAAUGCUGAUAGGGAAGUGGAGCAGGCAGGUUUGUCAGAUUUGGAGAUCAUCUCACAGCCGGUGGAGGAUGAGAACCAGUGUUUGGCUCCUCCGGUCCAGCUGGUGAGUUUUGGCUACAGGGAUCUACCCCUCGCUGCUCUGGACCUCUCGCUGGCUGGCUCACAGCUUCUCUCCAACGCAGAUGAAGAUGAGAACAGGGAAGGGUCCAACUGGCUGAAGCCGUGCUGCGGUCGUCGUGUGGCCCUGUGGCAGGUCUGUCUGCUCAGUGCUGGCUUCAACUGCAUCCUGGUGGCCUGCGUCAUCCUGGUGGUGCUCUUCCUGUCUCUGGAACUGCUCAUCGACACCAAGCUCCUACAAUUUUCCAAUGCUUUUCAGUUUGCCAGCAUUAUCCACUGGAUCAGCCUUAUCAUCCUUUCACUCUUCUUCUCAGAGACUGUCUUCAGGAUAGUAGUGCUCGGGAUCUGGGACUACAUAGAGAACAAAGUAGAGGUGUUUGAUGGCGCCGUCAUCGUGCUGUCCUUGGCCCCCAUGGUGGCCUCCACGGUGGCCAACGGGCCCAGCAGCCCCUGGGACGCCAUCAGCCUCAUCAUAACUCUUCGCAUCUGGAGGGUCAAGCGGAUAAUUGAUGCAUAUGUGUUGCAAGUAAAAGUUGAGAUGGAACUGGAGAUCCAGCAGUGUGAGAAGACCAAGGCUGUGAGAGAGGAGCAGCUGGAGCGUCUCACUCAGAUCUGCCAGGAGCAGGCUUUUGAGAUCAGGCAGCUGAGGGCCCAUCUGGCCCAGCAGGACCUGGACCUCGCCGCAGAACGUGAAGCAGCCAUGCAGAUCCAUCAUGUAUGGGGCAAGCAGGGGAGGAGUUUUCAGGUUGUUGAAGGUGUGACUCCCGGGGAGUCUGACGAUGAGGGUGGACAAAGAAACCCCAGGGAGCCACAUGCCACUACAGAUCCAGUUGUACGUGAUGACAUGAACAACUACAUCAGCCAGUACUACAGUGAGGCAAGCAGUGAUGCUGGAGCUUCUGGCUUGAAUGCCCGGGUCAUCACCACUGCAGCCAUCGACGUUCACCUCCCCACCAACCCAAAUCCCAUCCAGUCCAACCCAAUGCUUUGUAUGGAGCGGGUGGGCAGUGCCGUUAGUGAUGCCUCAACCAGCAUAUCUCGGUCGAGCGGCAGCCUGACAGCUCGUCCUCACAGUCUGAGCAGUCACACUCCGGGUUCAUCCAUGACAGACUGCAGCAGCAGCACAGCUCAUGACCUCAGUCUAAGCUACAGUUCCCAUCGCUGCUGCCCUUCUUCCUUUCCAGUCCAGGAGCCCUGUAGGGACCCCAGUGUGGUGGUGCAGGAGCUCCUCUCCUCCCUCUCUGAGGACUCCUGCCUUGCUCAGAAGGGCCUGGUUGUGGACCCUGUGAACCUGAAGCUUCCCAGUCCCACUGGCUCAGAAAAAGCCAGUCCUGAGCUGGACAACAGAAUAAACAUCUUUAACAGGAGGAACCAGGAGGAGAGACGUGGCCAAGGGAGGGGCUGCGUGCUGUUGCAGACUAAGCCACUAAUCCACCUGCAGGGCAGCACAACUGAGCCGUCCCUGGAGGAGAAGUACCGACUCCUGGGACCAGCUGACACACCUCUGGGGCACAUGCCUGAUACAUAAACUACAUUUACAAAGUAAUAGAAGUGUGUAUUUUUCUUUUUACUGCCACCCUGUUUGGCUUUUAUCUGAACUUUUGUGGCAGGUGACCCUCAUUAGAGGGACCACAUGAGAUUUACAAGUUGGAUUUUUCCUUACGCUUGGUAAAUCCAAUCUCAGCCAAUCCAGAGCAAGCUUGAGCCUUCAGCUUUCAGCUAACACUGAUACUCCUUAACUUGACAUGAUCAGAAGUUGAUAGUAGAAGUGACAAUAAGAACUACAAGCCCUUUGCCAUACUGUCCAAUCUCCCCUGUUCCUCUUUGAUGGAUUUUAAAAACCACAGAUGCCCUGAUAUAGCACAAAAAGGACUGUAACAUCCCAGUAAGGGGGAGUCUGAUGUGUUUUUGGACACAUUCGUUAUCAGGAAUUUUCACUUUAAAUUGGUCCUAAAAGCACUGAACGUUCCAUGAAUUAAAACCAGCAAGGGGCCAUUCAAGCCUUUACUGAACAAAAACUUCUCUACAGUCUUGCAAACCAAGACUCUGUUCUGUGCUUUUGGAAUUUCAAGCAGUUAAAAGAAGUCUUUUCUAAUGCAUUCUUCUUCUUAUGUUUUUUCUUUUAAACGUGUGAUCAAACUGAAACACCAGUCUUGCUGUUCUUUGUUCAGACAGCCACAGGGUACAUAAGACUGGCUCAGUUCUACAAACAGACAAUUUAUUUCCUUCUUUUUUUAACCUUUGCCUUUCUGUCAGCUAUUUGUUUGAUUUGAUUUCAUCAAAGUUUCUUCAAUUGCAUUUUUGUUUUAGUUGUUCAAAACAUGAGUAGGGUAUAUUUGUGUGGAUGGAGUGAAAAGGUAAGUGACUGGAUUAUUCACAUGAAACUAGACUGGAGUGCUUGUAGCAUGAACCUUUAAAAGAAAAUUGUGCCCUAAAUGGCAAGCAAAUCCUUUGCACUUUAAUGUUUACAGACACUUUUGUAAACUUGAUAUGAAGGAAGUUAUUGCCAAAUGCAGGUGUUGUCAUUUGAAUGAAAAUAGCAAAAAUAAAACUUAGUAUUUCCUU